AUGGGGUCAUCUUGCUCUAAAAAGGAACAAAUAAAGAACGGGUUCACCAAGAAGGAGGGUAAGUCUGCCCAGGACCGCAAGGUUGCAUGGGAGCGCAUCCGGCAGGCAAUUCCCCGUGAAAAGACACCUGAAGCGAAGCAGCGACGCGCCGACCUGUUUAAGAAGUUCGACAAAAACAAUUCUGGGAAGCUGUCUUAUGAUGAGGUGUAUGAUGGCUGUUUGAAUGUGCUGAAGCUGGAUGAAUUCACUACACGGCUACGGGACAUCACGAAGCGUGCGUUCAACAAGGCAAAGGACAUGGGUAACAAGGUGGAGAACAAGGGUUCUGAGGACUUUGUUGAAUUCCUGGAGUUCCGUUUGUUUCUGUGCUACGUGUACGACUACUUUGAGCUGACAGUGAUGUUCGAUGAAAUCGACACCUCCGGCAACAUGCUGAUUGAUGAGAAGGAGUUCAAGAAGGCCGUGCCGAAGCUUGAAAAGUGGGGUGCUAAGAUCGAUGAUCCCAGCAAAGUGUUCAAGGAGCUGGACAAAAACGGUUCUGGCUCAGUGACGUUUGACGAAUUUGCUGCUUGGGCCUCUGCGCGCAAGCUGGACGUGGACGGUGAUCCGGACAACGUUCCAGAGGCACCACAGGUUCCAGACGUGCCAGAAAGUUCUUAG